ACUACCGAGUGUUCUAUAAUAAAACGCAUUUAAUAAAAUAACAUUUUUCCCCUACAUAGUGACAAAAACUUUGUAAUUUUGUCUUUUGAAAACGGUGUUGAUAGUGUUUCCAUUAUUAUGCGUCGGUGAUUAUUUUUUAACAACGUGGACUAAAGAUUUUAAAACUGAUAACCUUAUCGUGGGUGUCUUCAGAACGAUAGUUUACAGAUAGAUCACUGCAGUGUAUUUAAUAUUAUCACUAAAGGCACAGAUUGCUAGUACUGUUUUGUAGCUACAAGUUAACUGCUCCAACCAACAACCCAUUACAUUAAAAAUGGAUCGUUCCAAAAAAUCUUUUGGCAAUAACUCCAAAAUGUGGAGUUUUAUUCGUAGUUUCACUGAAGUUGCUCCUAACCCACCCAGUGAUAUAAGCCUCCUCCUACUGGGCGAAACAGGCGCCGGAAAAUCGACUUUGAUAAAUUCCAUUUCGAAUUAUUUCAAUUAUCCCAACUUUAAGGAAGCGCAAAAAGAGAAAGUCGAUAUUUUAAUUCCCGUGUUUUUAAACGCACCGGAAAGUAUCAAUGGUUCUGGUCAAAAUAGGAACAAACUCCACGGAGAGAUCAAAUGUGCCACUCAGUACGGCAAAGUGUACCGAUUCCCCAUCAAAAUGGACGACAAAACCUUUGACUUGAGAUUGAUUGAUACGCCAGGAAUUGAGUAUCGCAGAGGAAUGGAACAAAACAAUCUUAUUCUAGACAAUAUCCUUGCGUACUUGGAAAGCCAGGGGAAACUCCACGCGAUUUGUUUGGUUUUGAAAGCGAAUCAGACCAGAAUCACAAAUUCCGUGGAGUACUAUCUGCAAUAUAUACUGACACGACUAAAAGUACGGCCCAGCCAGAACAUUAUUUUUAUCACUACUUAUAGUAAAGCGGCUGGUUACAUAGCUGGCAAAACGAAGCAUCACUGUCUGAUACCACUGGUUAAAAAUAUACAGUCAAAACCCCCACAUGUGAGUAUUCCUUUAAGCGAUAGUAACAUCUUUGCUGUGGCCAACGAAGCAUUCAAGGCCUUGUUGGAGAUGCGAGAUGGAAAUUAUUACCAUCAACAAAAGCAAUGGAAGGUUUCGAGCAAAGCUGGAAUGUCUCGUCAAAGGAAAUUCAACGAUUAUUGAGGUAUAUAGUUGGAGGUUGUAGAAACGCGCUUUUGGGAACCCGUGUGAUUGAAAGUAUUAACUCUCAAGUGGGUAGCCGUCCAACCACAGUUGACGAGAUAAACCUUCUCCUCUUGGGCCAAACCGGAAUCGGAAAAUCCACUUUGAUCAACUCCAUUUCGAAUUAUUUCAUUUAUCCCAACUUCAAAGAAGCGCAAAAAUGGAAAAUCGAUAUUUUAAUACCAAUACGGUUACGAUUAACGGAAGAUUCAAGUCAAUAUGCCACUCAACGUGUCAAAGUGUAUCCAUUCCCCAUUGUAAUAGGCCAGAAAAUCUUUAACCUGAGACUGAUUGACACCCUAGUCUUGUUGAUGAACAUCCUACUAAAUCGUCCAGAAAGGAGCGCAGUACGAAAGAAAAGGGUUCUAAAAAUCAGAAGAAGCUCAAAUCUGAGGACGAAAGUUGUGACUCGGAUGAUAAACGUUCGGUCAGAUCUUCCAGCGAUCUUGAAACCAAAAACGUCCCUAGUUCAGAUGAAACAAGUUUCAAAGCAGUUGAAAACGAAGAAUGAUGUGUGGACGUUUUAAGUUUAGAAAAUGCUUUGUAGCACGCUGUAAUAAACAUUAAAGCUUUGACAGUUUUUUAUUUAACCAAAUUGCCAAAACGUCGAUAACUAUUAAGCUUUUUGUGACUAAAUUUUCUUUUUUUUUUCAGAAAACAUCAAUCAGUGGCAAAGUUUUGAUUUUGGUUUAAAGUAUGACAGUCUUCAAUUUACUUCUGCUUGGUGAGCGUGGGGUUGGAAAAACAACUUUCAUCAAUUCUCUUAUCAACUACUUUCGGUACGACAACAUAGAUACUGCUGUCAUGAGUACGGCCAUAGUGGCAGCACCAAUAUCGUUCUCCAUAAUCAAUGCAAAUAACAAAGAUGUAUCUCUUUCCUUAAACGCAAACAUUGAUGGAAUAUAUAAUGUUAAAACUAACACAAGAACGAAAGAGUACUUAGUCCCGAUAAAUGGACAUCAGUUAAGGCUCAUAGACACCCCAGGAUUUGAUAUGUCGAAACAUGAGCAAAACCAAUUUAAAAAUAUCUUCCAACAACUUGGUGAUCUACAAGAGCUGCACGCAGUUUGCUUUUUUCUAAGAUCGUCGGAUCUGCAACUAGUUUCAGUCGGAAACCUGAUAAGACAAACCAUGGCAAAUUUAGACGUAGCCGCUGUCAAAAAUUUUAUUUUUAUUUUCACUGAAGGCAGAAAAGUUACCUUUUAUCCUACCGUUGCAAAGAGUGAUUUAAGGAAAAUUGUACAUACAAUCAAAUCGACAUCACCUCAAAUUAACAUUCCCUUACAUAACGACAACAUGUACUGUGUGGACAAUGAAGCGUUCGUUCAUUUGGUGGCAUACAAGUGUGGCACAAGUUUAAGUCCAAAAGAUACGUGUUACACUGAGUACAGCUGGAAAUCUUCAUUAAAAGAGUGCAAACGACUGCUAGACUAUGUUAGUAAAUUGAAACCGUUUCAACUUCCGGUUGAUGGUGCGGUUGAAGCGAUUCAAACACUUCUCAAGGAAAAUUCGCCUCGCUUACUGGACAUAAUUGAGUCCAAUUCCCAGAAUUUAGAGAAGUGCGAAAAACUCGUAGAGGAUUCGAAAGCAGUGUGUCAGUUGGUUGAAGCCAUGAAACGAUCAAUUGAACAGCAUGAAGGACAGUCUAGACAAGCAAAUGAUUAUAGAAAGCAGAAUGAAGACAAUCGCGUAACUUAUGCGAAUAUUGAUUUUAGCAAAAAUGCGGCACCGCUAACAGAACACCAUGUUGAUAGUGAUAUAAAAACAAACCUAAAAAAGACAGCAAUUAUACUGAAAAAACACAAAGAAUUUAUCACAGAUGCACAUAAAGUAGUUGAUGCGCAACAGGAGGAAAUUCGUAAGACUUUAGAAAAUUUUGCUACAAUUGCUACGUUUUUGGAAAAGUGUCGCUUAUAUGACAAUUUAGGAGAGGAAAUUGCUUCCGCAUUGUCUUCUACAAGGAAAAAUGAGAUCGAUAGAGUUAUAAAAAUGUUAAAAGCACUGCAACUGGGGUGAAGAAGGACGAUGUAGUGACGAUUGUGACAGAGCUCAAAAAUCUUCAACAUUACCAGGAGAUCCUCGAUAAAAUAUUUAACAAUUAGUAUCUUAAGCAUUUUUUGAU